AUGUCCGACCUUAAACCUGAUUCUCUUGAAGCAUUUCAACGACUUAUAUCUGAACAAACAUCUUAUAUAGAUGAAGUUGAUAAACAAAUUGAUAAAUGGACACAAUUUCAAAAUGAUUAUCAUCAUUUACAUACACGUCUUUCAACAUUACCUGAUCGUUUAACAUAUGAAUGUAUGGUACCAUUUGGUAAAUUAGCUUUUAUACCUGGUCGUAUAAUACAUUCAAAUGAAAUUCUUGUUUUAUUGGGUGAAAAUUAUUUUGUUGAACGUUCAUGUAAACAAUCUAUUGAUAUUAUUAAUCGUCGUCUUAAAAAUAUUAAUGAAAAUCUUGAAAAACAUCAAAAAGAAAAAGAAGUAUUUAAUCAACAAAAAAAAUAUACAAAUGAUUUUCUUGAUGAUAAAACAAAAUUUUUUGAAAUUAAAGAAAUUGAUGAUAAUAUAAAUAUUAAACAAGAAAAAAAAACAUUAAAUCGUCGUACAAAAUUAACUCAAGAAGAAAUUCGUGAAGAACGACGUCAAUUACAAGAACGUGCAAUGAAAAUGAAUGAAAAUAAAAUUAAAAAAAAAGUACAUUUUGAUGAUGAUCAAAUGAAUGUUGAUAGUGAUGAUGAUGGUGAUGAUGAUAUACCAAGUCAACAAUUAAAAAAAAUAUUUAUUCAUCAUACAAAAACUGAUUCUCUACCUAUUGGAGAUCCAUCACCAGCACUUUUUCCUCAUCCAGGUGCUAUUAGUAUUAAUCAACCAAUAGCAUUUACUGGAAAAAUGAUUGAACGAGAUGUAACUACUAAAGUCGAACCUCCAAAACGAAUAUCAAAAUUUAAAGCUUCACGUCAACAAUAA